GUCAGAAUCUGCCACCCCCUGCCCUAAAGGCGCCCCAAGGCUACUGUGAGCAUGGCAGAAGCUCCUGCUGACCCGAGCACAGGAGACAGUCUGGAGCAAGAGAUCCUGCAGGUGUUGAGUGAUGCCGGUGGCCCUGUGAAGACUGGCCAGAUGCUAAAGAAGUGUCAGGUGCCCAAGAAAACCCUCAAUCAAGUCCUUUACCGCCUGAAGGACCAGGGCAAAGUGUCUUCCCCAGCCCCUGCGACGUGGAGCUUAGGCGGGGAUGCUUCCAGAGAUGGGACUCCUGCAAUCCCCGAGGACUCCACUGCUCAGCCUAGCCUUGAGAAAAGAAUAUUAAGAUUCCUGGAGGCCCAUGAACCACAAAGGGCCCUGCAUAUCGCCAAGGCUCUGGGAAUGACGACAGCCAAAGAAGUGAACCCACUCCUGUAUACCAUGAGGAGUAAGCACCUUCUCAGCUUUGACGGACAGAGAUGGAGCAUCUACCACUCAAGUCAGGAAGGCCAAGAGCUAGCUCAUUCUGGAGUCAGACAAGAAUCCUCUACGAUUAUUUAUCAGCAAAAUCCGAUCAACAUGAUCUGCCAACAAGGACUCAACAGCCACAUCUCCAUUGCCAAGUCAGAAAACAUCCAGAUUGGCCAUGGGAAUGUCAUGUCAAGACAGACCGCCUGUGGUGAACCAGGUCCCAGGACCCCUCACCAUGUCCCUCUACUGGUGCCAGAGGAUGCCUCUGCUCAGGACACGCCCCCUGGUGCCCACGGAGCUCAGCACAUCCACAUGGACAAGUCCAUGCUCCGACGCGUGCAGCUUGGUCAUGGCAACGAGAUGAGCCUCGUGAGGGAUCCUGGGGAACACUCCGCUUAUAGCUUUUCUGGCAGCCCCCCAGUGUCAACCACCACUGCUGACCCAGGAUCUUCAUUCAACAUGCAAACACCUGAGCCAGGCUCUCACCCUGGGGGAGACACAGCCCAGAGCGUCCACAUCAAAUCCUGCUUGCUAGAGGAUGCCACCAUCGGUAACAGCAACAAGAUGACCAUCCACUCUAGGUCAAAGGGUGGAGUCGUGGAGUCUGGAGAAGAGCCGAAGGAAGACAUAGGUGGGAGCUCUGAAGCCACGCCUCCCAGAAGCUGCUUGCACGGGCCCAGUGACUCCAUGCUGCUCACCUCUGGGCUGAGAACUAUGGCUCUGGGAGACAGCAGCGCCCAGACCACAGAACCUGUGCUUAGAGAGGAUGAAGUCCAGGACACAGAAAGCUGUCAGGCCCAGGACUGAGGCCAGAAAGCAAUGGAGCCGUGGAAUCAUAACUGACCUCUCUGCCACCAUGAGCCAAAUCAACCUUUCCUCCCUCAAGAUCAAUCAACAAUCAAUCAAGCAACCAUAUGAGCCAGUCCUACCACUCCUGGGUGCUCACCAGAAGGGAAAAGUCAGCUCAGAGAGAUCUCUGCAUAUCCAUGUAGGCUGUGGUCCUGUUUCCAGCAACUAAGAAACAGAACCAACCUUGCUGUCCAGCAGUGGAAGAUGUGUGAAUUGGAGUAUGCACAGAGCCACAAAAAAAUCCUGAGGUUGUCAUUGCCCAAAAGAAGAUGCAACCAGAAACCACCACAUUAAAUGAAUGAAAGCCAUUUUUAGAAAGACAAGGGUCACAUUUUCUCUCUUUUGUGGCUCCUAGACCUUUUGGAUAAACUCAGUUCUGCUGGCACCACGCCUGCCUGGAUGCUGCCAUGCUUCCGCCUUGA